UAUAAGUGAAGAAGAAACUUCUGUUUGCAGCUUUCUUUGUUCUUCAAAAAGAAAAAGAAAAAAAAAAUGAAGCAGAGAGAUCUUUGGGGUUGAUAAGGGAAGUGACAGGAAAAGGGUGUCAUGAAAAGAUGUUCUUUUUUUUUUUAUAUAAAAAAAAAAAGAAGAAAAAUUGUGUAUUUGAAGGUUUUGCAAACAAUCUCUUUCAUGGCUGAUUCUGUUGUUUCCAUCUUUGAUUGGAUUCAAUAGUUUUCCCCCCAUUUUCCCAUCUACCAAAUAGUAUGUAAAAUGGGGUUAUCUAAUUUAUUGUUAUUUUAAAAGCAAAUAAAAAGGAAAUUUGUAAGUUUAACUUAUUGUAUAUUCAAUUCACUCUUUUAUACACUUGUAAGAAACUUGUGUAUAAAUAUAUUAUAUAUUCUGUCGGCAUAGAAAAAAUAAAUAAAAAGGAGAAAAGGAGUGAGAAAGAGAAGUAGAGAGAGAGAGAGAGAGAGAGAGAGAGAGAGAUGGUUUGAAAGUUGUCAAUUAUUUUUGAUAAAUGACUUUGGAAGAAGAUCAAGAAGAAGAAGAGGCUCCAAGUUUAGUGAAGUAAAUUCCCAACAAAAAGGAUAACAUAUUUUUCUUCGAAACUCACUCACCCCCCCGGUCGGCGAUGGCGACUUACCUUCAUGGCAAUUCUGAUCAAUUCCAAUCCUCCGAUGGCGGCCUUCAAACCCUUGUCUUAAUGAAUCCAACCUAUGUUCAAUUCUCCGAUACCCCUCCGCCUCCUCCUCCUCCUCCUUCCCACCCUAAUCUCGUCUUCUUCAAUUCCCCUACUUCCGCUGCUAAUACCUUCACUGCACUCACACAAGCGCCUCCUUCGUCUCAUACCCAACAGUUCGUUGGAAUUCCAUUACAGACGACAUCCGCCGCUUCCCCUACAUCCCAAGACCAUAAUUCGCAUCCUUUGAAUCCUCACCAUGAUAUCUCUGCUUUGCACGGCUUUGUUCCGCGCCUUCAGCAUAAUAUUUGGAACCAAAUUGAUCCUUCCACGGCGGCGCGUGAGUCUGCACGUGCUCAACAGGGCCUGUCUUUGACCCUUUCUUCUCAACAUCAGCAAGGCUUUGGGUCGAGAGAUGUUCAAUCGCAGACCCAACAAGCGGUUUCUGGUGAGGAGAACAUGCGAAUCUCCGGCGGAUCGAGUUCUUCGGCUUCCGGUGUAACCAAUGGUGUGGCUGGAAUUCAGGGUGUUUUGAUUAGCUCCAAAUAUCUUAAGGCUGCGCAAGAACUUCUAGAUGAAGUUGUUAAUGUCACCCAAAAUGGAAUUAAAAGUGAAUCAUCUCCAAAGAAGGCUACUGGAAAUCAAUCGAAGGCGAUCGGAGAUGCAGCCGCUGCGACCGGAACUGCAGAUGGUUCUUUAGAAGGUGAAACCGACGGUAAACGAGCCGCCGAGCUUACAACCUCCGAGAGACAAGAAAUUCAGAUGAAGAAAGCAAAGCUUAUAAGCAUGCUUGAAGAGGUGGAACAAAGAUACCGACAGUACCACCACCAGAUGCAGAUAGUGAUAUCCUCAUUCGAGCAGGCCGCUGGAGCCGGUUCGGCGAGAACCUACACCGCGCUUGCACUUCAGACGAUUUCGAAGCAAUUCCGCUGCUUAAAAGACGCAAUUACCGGCCAAAUCCGAGCAGCGAACAAGAGUUUGGGUGAAGAAGAAUGUAUUGGAAGAAAAAUGGAAGGUUCACGGUUGAAAUUCGUCGAUCACCAUCUCCGGCAACAACGAGCUCUGCAACAAUUGGGUAUGAUUCAACACAAUGCUUGGAGACCCCAGAGAGGCUUACCCGAGAGAUCUGUUUCGAUUCUUCGCGCUUGGCUUUUCGAACACUUCCUCCAUCCUUACCCUAAGGAUUCCGAUAAACACAUGCUCGCUAAGCAAACAGGGCUCACAAGAAGUCAGGUUUCGAAUUGGUUCAUAAACGCGAGAGUUCGACUAUGGAAGCCAAUGGUGGAAGAGAUGUACAUGGAAGAAAUCAAAGAGCAAGAACAGAACGGCAACGGAUCGACACCGACAACAGAAAAAAGCAACGACGAUUCAGUUUCGAAAUCCAUAGCUCCACCACCGGAAACAAAAAGCCCCAAUUCAAAACAAGAAAACUCUCCAAAUCAAAACGUUCAUCCUUCUAUCUCAAUCUCAAAUUCCUCCGGCGGAAAUGUUCGUAACUCAUCUGGAUUUACACUCAUCGGAACCUCAUCGGAACUCGACGGAAUCACACAAGGAAGCCCGAAAAAACAGAGAGGCCCAGACAUCCUUCAUUCCUCAAACAACAACGUGCCUUUCAUAAACAUGGACAUCAAACCUCGAGAAGAAGAAGAACAUCAAAAUCAAACUCACAAUCCCCAUCAUAAUAAUCAUCACCAUCAUCUUCCAAUGAAAUUCGAUGAAGAUAGACAAAACAGAGAUGGGUAUUCAUUUUUAGGCCAACCCCAUUUCAACAUCGGCGGAUUUGGCCAAUACCCAAUCGGAGAAAUCGCUAGAUUCGACGCCGAUCAGUUCACUCCAAGAUUCUCCGGCAACAAUGGCGUCUCGUUAACUCUAGGCCUUCCCCAUUGCGAAAAUCUCUCCUUAAACCCAGCUACCCACCAAAGCUUCCUCCCCAACCAGAGCAUCCAUUUAGGAAGAAGAACAGAAAUUGGAAAACCCACUGAUUUUUCUGCCAUUAACGCUUCUACAGCUCAUUCUUCCACUGCUUUUGAUACCAUCAACAUUCAAAAUGGAAAAAGGUUUGCUGCUCAAUUACUUCCAGAUUUUGUGGCCUAAAACCAAAAUUUCAAAACACGGAGGAAAAUUCAAUCCGCCAUUCUCAGAUUCUGUGCAAACACAAAUUGGAGGAAGAAAUUGCUGUUAAGGUACUAUUGUAAAAAAAGGACACAACAAAAAGACAAAAAAAGAAAAUUAAAUAAGCAAAUUUUAAUAGUAUAGUUUUUAAUUUUUUUUUUUUCAUUUACACUUUGCAUAGAAUUAUAAAUCUCAAUCAGUGGGUUAAUUAGAACUUUAGGGUAUAUAUAUUUUUGGGGAUUGUAUAUUGUUUUUUGUAAGGGCUUUUUUUUUCUUUAAAAAAAAUGGGUUAGAUGGAUUGUUAUGAUUAGAUCAGUUUGGCUGGUGUAAUGUGUUAUUAUACCCAUUAUAUAUUAUAAAUAUAUGAAUAUUGAUUUCAAAUA